CGUGUGCUUUCCACAUGCGUAGAAUUUACUCGUACCACGACAACGAUCAUUCGACGGUAAUAAAAUUGAAAAUGAACACGUUGCUGCGCAAGCUGGUAAUUGUUUUCACAUUCUGGGGAUCAGUAGGUAGGACCUCGUCGGACCAAUGCGUAGAUGUGAAAAAAGAUGCCAAAGAUAUCGUCGACUCUCGUUUCAACGAGCUCACCGUAGCUGAAAUUCUCACAACGAGGACACCAGAACAAUGCAUGCAAAUCAACAUGGAAAUAGCUAACAUUAAUGGAGGGGUUCCGUUAAUAGACGAUAAAUACGUUCCUUAUAAGGAUUCGGGUUCCACGUAUAAAGAUAUACUGUUCGCUCUCGUGACAGAUGAAACUAUUGUCUUGGCUAAAUAUCUCGGAGAAUUCAUGGGUCGUAAAGAUCCCAAGUUAAUAACGAUCGAUAUGAUAUUGGUCAAGGAUAUGGGACAUUUUAUAUCAAUUUAUAAUAAAGUACAGGGGGAUGGUUUCGAAGAUGACCGGAAAGAACAAAAGGAUCCAUUUUGUAAUAUGCUAAGAGUUUGGGCUGAGUCCAAUCGAGAGCCAGAUGGACCUCCUCCAGCUGAACAAGAAUGCAAAGAUGUAAUGAUGAAAAUGUACGAUGAACAGCCGUUUUGGGGAACAAACAGGGACGUCUUAGAAUCAAUACUCAUAAAAAAAUCCUGCUCAUAUUCUGUAGCUGUUUUAAAAGUCUAUGAAAAACGUCAUCCAGGAGAUGAUAUAGAAGACGAUUUAUACCACGUGCUGUACGAUGAUGAUUUACUGUUCGCCUACCAAUGCAUGGCUGGUCACGUGAAGGAUAGGAUCAAACUAUUCGCAAAGCUACUGCAUGAUUUUCGUGACAGAGGUGAUCGUUAUUCGGUUUGGAUACUAAUCAUCGCUCUAAAUCGAGGAGAAAAUAUAGCAAAGAUCGAUGCCGCCUUUAAAAAAGAUUACGGAGGAGAAUCGUUGAGUAGUUUCAUUUUGAAAAAGACAGGUGAUCCAACGGUCAUAGAGAUAUUGGCUAAAUUGGUCGAUCCGAAUCAUAAAUUGAGUAUCCUCGCUCCUUCACCUCCGGGACCGCCUGGAACUGUACCACCACCAUAAUCAUCAAGAGUAAUCUUGGUAUCUGCAUUUUUGAAUCAGAUUACUCGAAUUUUUUCUUUCAUCUGAUUAUAAAUUUUAAACAUCAUGUGCAUUGUAUACUUGCAUCAAAUUUUGAUUACAUAAUUCAUUCCAUUUUUCAUUAAAAUUUCACGA